AUGAAAAAGAAGCGCACCGUCCGAAACCGUAGCCGAGGGCUUCGAACUCAAACGAUCAGUCGUGAGGAACCGACCACGUUGGACCAGGAGAGUGAGGAAAGAAGCUCGUACCGGCCCGCCUCGAAGUAUCAAGCACCUGGCGAGGUUAGCACACCAGCUCAAGCCACACCGAAGCCAAAACCUUGUGAGCCAGAGAUUCAGAACCAUUUGUUAGCCUUCCUGGAGCGCCUCAUGAAGUCGAAUAUCGAAGGUUUGAAGAAGGAGUACGCUGAGUUGAAGGCCUACGUUCCUCCACAACAUAGUCACGCUAUAUGUAGCGCGAAUCGGUCGAGGAAUCGGUAUAGCGACCAGUAUUGUUACGAUCAUUCUCGAGUCAAGUUGACUUACAAUGUGCCACCAGAGACAGAUUAUAUCCAUGCCAAUGUGAUUCAGUUCAAGGAAGUCGGUCAUCCUAUUAUUUUAACGCAGGUCAGGUGAAGUUGGGUAUACUUUUCAUUAUCAUUUUACAAAACCUUGUUAUGUUAUAGCUUAUUUAUUUUAAAAUACGUUAAAUUAUUCUUUUACAAUUCAAAAACUUUUAAAAAAAGGUUUUAGGGCCCGUUGCCAGACACCGUAGGCGACUUUUGGAGGAUGAUAUACCAAGAGAAGUGUGCUGGCAUCAUAAUGUUGUGUAAGACGGUCGAGUUGAAAAAGGUAAAGUGUGAACAAUACUAUCCAGAGGCAGUGGGUGGUGUAUCGACCUAUAAUACGCUUACAGUCAAGAAUGCUGCUGUAAGUUUUUAUUUUUUACUUAUUUUUUCAUUGAUAAUAUGUCGGUUACCUAAUUUUUUAAAAAUUUUGUUGCGAUCAAAAAAUAUCUUAAAAUUUUUCUAAACUUUUUAAAAUUUGUACUAUGUACAGUAUUUUUUAGACAGUACUAGAAGACCCGCACUUUAAAAUCAUCAAACUGGAGAUAGGCAAGAACGGCACGCCCUUCAAGGCCGAACAUUCGACAAAACUUUAUAUUUGGAAGGACUGGCAGGACAAGUUUGUACCACGAACGUGCGUUUCAGUACUGCGGAUGUUGAGAACCGUGAACUCUGAUGCCAAAACUAAUCCAGUCGUGGUACAUUGUAGUGCGGGCGUCGGUCGUACGGGUACGGUAGUAGCACUCGCUGCCAUCAUGCAGAAGAUAUAUGCCAAACAACCUUUUAAUGUAAGUUUAUGAGUUGCUGAGUGUACUCUAUGUAAUUCCUCAAACUAGGUUGAGGAAGCAUAGAGAGUUUAUGUUGUGGCCUGAGGGUGUACAGAGAAAAGGGGUGAUUUACUACGAGUUUUAUCAGGCGAGACAUAAUACGUUGUACUAACUAGUCUAGAUCAGAAUCAGAUAAAGCUUCAAGUGAAUAAGAAUCAAGACAUUACUUUAGGUAUUCGAAACUGUCAAAGAGUUGCGUGGCCGCCGUUACAACGCCGUCCAAACCGAUCUACAGUACAUUUACAUUCACCGCGUGCUAUGCGACUAUAUCAAAAUCAAAAUUCCGGAAAAAACAGCACAAGUGGGGCUAUUUAUAAACGAAUACAACGCCUACCUCAUGACACAGAAACCUCCAACUUGA